AUACCUACUACAACAAGUACACCUACUAAAACAACAACACCUACAACAACAACCACACCUAUUACAACAACUACACCUACUACAACAACCACACCUACUACAACAACUACUUCUACUUCAACAACUACACCUACUACAACAACUACACCUACUACAACAACUACCCCUACUACAACAACCACACCUACUACAACAACUACACCUACUACAACUACAACAACAACCACACCUACUACAACAACCACACCUAUUACAACAACUACACCUACUACAACAACCACACCUACAACAACAACCACGCCUACUACAACAACCACACCUACUACAACAACUACACCUACUAAAACAACCACACCUACUACAACAUCAACACCUACUACAACAACUACACCUAUUACAACAACUACACCUACUUCAACAACUACCCCUACUACAACAACCUCAACUACUACAACAACCACACCUACUACAACAACCACACCUACUACUACAACAACUACACCUACUACAACAACUACCCCUACUACAACAACCACACCUACUACAACAACCUCACCUACUACAACAACCACCCCUACUACAACAACCACACCUACUACAACAACUAUACCUACUACAACAACCACACCUACUACAACAACGACACGUACUACAUUAAACACACUUACUACAACAACCACUCAUACUACAACAACAACACCUACCAAAACAACCACUCCUACUACAACAACGUCUCCAACUACAAUAACCACUCCUACUACAACAACAACACAUUCUACAACAACGUUUCCUACUACAACAACUACAACUUCUACAACAACCACACCUACUACAACAACUACACCUACUUCAACAACUACACCUACUAAAACAACGACACCUACAACAACAACCACACCUACUACAACAACCACACCUACUAAAACAACCACAUCUACUACAACAACCACACCUACUACAACAACCACAUCUACUACAACAACCAAACCUACUACAACAACUACACCUACUACAACAACCACACCUAUUACAAUAACCACUUCUACUACAACAACCACACCUACUUCAACAGCUACACCUACUACAACAACCAUACCUACUACAAGAAACACACCUACUACAACAACCACCUCUACUAAAACAACCACACCUACUACAACAACCACACCUACAACAACAACCACACCUACUACAACAACCACCUCUACUACAACAACCACACCUACUACAGCAACUACACCUACUACAACAACCAGACCUGCUACAACAACCACACCUACUAAAAUAACCACACCUACUACACCUACUAAAACAACGACAACAACCACACCUACAACAACAACCACACCUACUACAACAACCACUCCUACUACAACAACCUCACCUACUACAACAACCACACCUACUACAACAACUACACAUUCUACAACAACCACUGCUACUACAACAAUUACACCUACUUCAAUAAUAACACCUACUACAACAACUACACCUUCUACAACAACCACACCUGCUACAACAACAACACCUACAACAACAACCACACCUACUACAACAACGACACGUACUACAACAAACACACCUACUACAACAACCACCCAUACUACAACAACCACACCAACCACAACAACCACUCCUGCUACAACAACUACUACAACAACCACACCUUCCACAACAACCACACCUACUACAACAACCACACAUACAACAACGACACCUACUAAAACAACCACUCCUACUACAACAACCACCCCUACUACAACAACCACACCUACUACAACAACUACACGUACUACAACAACCACACAUACAACAACGACACCUACUAAAACAACCACUCCUACUACAACAACCACCCCUGCUACAACAACCACACCUACUACAACAACCACACCUACAACAACAACCACACCUACUACAAUAACCACUACUACAACAACAACCACACCUACUACAACAACCACACCUACUACAACAACCACACCAACUACAACCACACCAACACCACCAACUACAACCACACCUACACUUACCACUCCUACUACACCCACACCUACUACAACAACCACACUUACUAUAACAACCACAUCUUCUUCAACAACCACACCUGCUACAACAUUUAGUAUUCCAACUUCUAGUACUCCAUCAUCUGCUAUUCCUACAUCUACUAUUCUAACAUCAACUACCCAAUCAUCUUCUAGUGUUACAUAUAUUGCUCAAACAUCUUCUUCUCCUUCAUCUACUACUCCUACAUAUACUAUCCUAUCUACUACUCCAACAUCUACUGCUCUUACAUCAACUACUCCAACAUCAACUACUCCAACAUCUACUACUCCGACAUCUACUGCUCUUACAUCAACUACUCCAACAUCUACUGCUCUUACAUCAACUACUCCAACAACUACUGCUCCAACAACUGCUACUCCAACAUCUACUGCUCCAACAUCUGCUACUCCAACAUCUACUUCUCCAACAUCUACUUCUCCAACAUCUGCUUCUCAAACAGUUACUACUCUAACAUCCAGUACUCCAACAUCUACUACUCCAACAUCUACUUCUCCAACAUCUACUGCUCCAACAUCUACUACUCCAACAUCUACUAAUCCAACAUCUACUAUUCCACCAACUACUGCUCCAACAUCUGCUACUCCAACAUCUACUUCCCCAACAUCUACUUCUCCAACAUCUGCUUCUCAAACAGUUACUACUCUAACAUCCAGUACUCCAACAUCUACUACUCCAUCAUCUACUACUCCAGCAUCUACUACUCCAACAUCUACUACACCAACAUCUACUACUCCAGCAUCUACUACUCCAACAUCUACUACUCCAGCAUCUACUACUCCAACAUCUACUAUUCCAACAUCUACUACUCCAACAUCUACUUCUCCAACAUCUACUACUCCAACAUCUACUACUCCAACAUCUACUAAUCCAACAUCUACUAUUCCAACAACUACUGCUCCAACAUCUGCUACUCCAACAACUACUACUCCAACAUCUACUACUCCAACAUCUACUACUCCAACAUCUACUAUUCCAACAACUACUGCUCCAACAUCUACUAUUCCAACAACUACUGCUCCAACAUAUACUUCUCCAACAUCUACUGCUCCAACAUCUGCUACUCCAACAACUACUGCUCCAACAUCUACUACUCCAACAUCUACUUCUCCAACAUCUACUUCUCAAACAGUUACUACUCUAACAUCCAGUCCUCUAACAUCCAGUACUCCAACAUCUACUGCUCUUACAUCUACUACUCGUACUUCCACCAUAAUUACAACCAUUACACCUACAACUACAACAUCUGCUGCUCCACCUCCUAUCACUCAGACAACGGAAACGGUUGUGCCUCUAAGUAGUCUUACCAUUUCGGUCAGUCUGACUCUUGUUGUGAAGGCCGAGUUUUGUGAUGAUUUAAAGGAUAAGAAAAGCGAUUUGUAUAACUCCUACGAGCAAAACUUUUUUAAGUGGUUAUUUCCGAGGUUGAACAAUACAAGUGGAUUUAAGAAUGUAACUAUCAAUGGAUUUAGAUGUCAUCCAGACACCAUAUUUGAGUAUUACAGUGAUCGUUGUCUGAAGUCUAGUGACCUCACAAACAUUCUGGCAGUUACCGCUGGAGUAGGAGGAGCAGUGAUCAUCAUCAUCAUCGUCGUCAUCAUAUGUGUAUGCAAGCAAAGGAGGACGACAAAGAAAACCCAUAGUAAUACAAGACAUAAUCGAGUUUAUGGCAGUGAAAUCAGCAUGCCAACAAGAAUGGAGAACUUGAGGGCCAAUAGGGCGUACAAUAUUGGAGAGAGAGCUGACCGGGGACCACCAAGACGGGAACACAUGGUGGGGAGUUCCGAAAAUGAACGCCCGGCAGCCUAUUAUAACGGCUGGGAAAGUAUCAGCGACCAACAAGCUGUACCGCCUCGGAUGUAUUUGCCAAUGGAAAUAUGUGACUCGCCACGUGACUACCACACCUCAGCGGCGCUUGAGCAAAGAAAACCCCGGUACGUUGAGCCCGGUGACGCGUACAGGUUAUUAGACACAGAAAGUCAG